AUGGCUGGAAUCAUUCUGAUGCCGGUUGCAAAACUGAUCCUUGGCAAGGCAUCCGACUUGGCCAAGGAGCAGAUUGGACUGCUGUGGAAUUUCAGACGCGAGCUUAGCAAAUUCGAUGCCACCGUCUCCACCAUCCAGGCCGUGCUCAGUGACGCUGAAGAGAAGCAGGCCCACAGUCACCAAGUCAAAGACUGGCUCGAGAAGCUCUCAGAAGUCAUGUAUGAUGCCGAAGAUUUGCUCGACGAUCUCGCUACUGAGGCUCGCCGGAAGGCCGUGGUAGCAGCUACAACAGAUGAUGCUGGUGGCAGGAGGAGGAUGUCAGCAACGACAUGUUGGAGUGUGGUAUGCUUCCUGUUGUCGUCACUUCCCAAGCAAUUGGUAUACGACCUCAAGAUGGCUCAUGCUAUCAAGGCCAUCAGGGAGAGGCUUGACGAUAUGGCGAAAGACAGAGACGUCCUGCAUCUGGAAGUUGAUACUUCUGAGGAAGAAACUCUUCCUUCCAGGGAGACUGAUUCCUGCCCGCCCAAGAUUGUGAUUGGGAGGGAAGAUGACAAGAAGAAUAUCAUUGAGCUACUGCUGAAUUGCAAUCCAGAAGCCAACAUUUCAGUUGUCCCAAUCGUUGGGAUGGGUGGGCUGGGAAAGACUACUCUUGCUCAGCUUGUAUUUGAUGACGAUCGAGGUAAAGGUCACUUUGAUAUCAAAGCUUGGGUCUAUGUUUCACAGAGUUUUGAUGUCCAAGUGAUUCUCUUAAAGAUGCUGGAAUCCAUAACUGGUCAGAAAAUGAGGGACCUCACAUCAGAUGCUUUACAAGCUCAACUCCGAGGGAAAAUCGAAGGCAGAAGGUUUUUGCUUGUAUUGGAUGAUGCUUGGGAGGAGAGCAGGCACAGUUGGGAGAAAUUGGGAAAUUAUUUGGCGUUCGGUGCUCUUGGAAGCAAAGUACUGCUGACUACUCGAUCCACAAAAGUGGCAGAGUUUGCUGGCGGAGCUCUAAAUUCGAGAACAGGUACCAGCAUUAUGGAACCUUAUCUCUUGAAAGGAUUGUUAGAAGAAGAGUCUUGGAACUUAUUGGUGGAAAAGGCCUUCCCAAGAACAGUUCCGCAAGAACGACAACUGCAAGAAAUUGGUAAAGAAAUAUUGAGGAAGUGUGGUGGAGUUCCUCUAGCUGUGAGCACCAUAGCUGGUGUGCUAGUAGAUUGUAACGAUCCAAAGAUCGAGUGGCCAUCUUUUCUACAAAAAAGUCUUUCGAGCAUCACAAAAGAAGGAGAAGAGGAUCCUACAAUGUCAGCUCUCAAACUAGGUUUCAAUCAUCUCCCUUCCUAUAUGAAGCAUUGCUUUGCUUAUUGUAAAUUGUAUGGCAAGGGUGAUGAGAUCCCUAUAAAAUUGUUGGUUCAACUUUGGGUAGCACAAGGGUACAUUGAUUCGGAAGAUAAAGGUUUUGACUGCUUCAAAACAUUAUGGUGGCGAUCAUUCUUCCAAGAGGUGCAAAUGGAUGGGCUGGGCAAUAUGUGUGUGUGCACAAUGCACGAUUUGAUGCAUGACCUAGCUUGUUGGAUAGCUGGAGAAAAGAUCAUGCCAACUUCAAGUUUAACGAUUCUAAAAAAUAUUCCUUCAAAGACCCGCCACUUGUUCGUAACGGUUGGUGAUGAUGAUGAUGAUAAGAGAGAAGAAGAUCAUGGUGGUGAUGGUCUGGGAAAUGCAAGCAAGGUGCGAACUCUUGCAUACUGGGGUUAUCUUACAAGCAAAGAAGUUCAACAAGUCAUUAACAACUUCAUACGGUUGCGCACACUACAAUUUUAUUGUGAUGAUUCAUACUCAAACGAUGAGGACAGGUCAAUUUUGGAUGCUUUUACUUCAAUUAAUUUUUAUAAGUUGAAGCAUUUAAGAUUGCUUUAUUUCAGUUGCGAGGGAAGGAAAGAACUUCCAAACUCAAUUAGCAACUUGGUUAAUUUGCAAGUACUGGGACUCAUUGACAUCAGUUCACUACAAGAACUACCAAAGGGUAUAGAGAAGCUUGUUAAUUUGAAGCAUUUGGAGCUCAUAGCAGACGAAGCAGGACAUAUAACCCAUAUGCCAAAAGGGAUUGGGAAGUUGAAGUUUCUCCAAACGCUACCAAUUUUUGUAGUCAGCAAGAAGAACGGUUGUAUUAGUAAUAACAAUACAGUUGGGGCUGAGUUGGAUGAGCUGAAAGGGUUAAAUGCAUUGUGUGGAGAAUUAGCUAUUAAAGGCCUAGGAAAUUCUGAAUCUCCAAGAACAGGUGUUUAUGUCUUGAAUGAAAAGCUACAUCUCCAGUCACUUGUUUUAGAUUGGAGCAGAGAUGAUGACAUUGGCGACGAUGUUCAUGAUGUUACUUCCUUGUCUAUUCAUGAUGAAGGGAUAUUGGAAAUGCUGAAGCCACACUUUAAUCUGAAGAAGUUAGCGAUACAAAGAGGUUAUGGAGGGGUGAAGAUUCCUAACUGGUUGUCUGGCCUCACCAAUUUGGUUGAGUUCUCAUUACAAGAUUGCGAGCAAUGUGAGUACCUCCCCCCACAAAUUCAGCAAAUGCCAAGUUUGAAGAGACUUACGAUUAGAAAUUGCCCGCUGUUGAAGGGCAUCGAUGAUGUUGACCAUCAUCGUGAUUCUUCAACGAUAGAGGAAGAGGAUUGCGAGUGGCCUCAAUUUUGUUGUCUUGCUAACUUGUGUAUUGAGGGUUGCCUCAGGCUAACUCGGUUGCCCACUUUUCCUACCGUUGAAGAGAAAAUGAAGUUCUCUGCGGCGAGUCUGGCACCAUUAGCUAGGACUAUGAAGAUGAAGAUGAGGAGAGAAGGAGGUGUUGGUUAUACGGAUGACUUUGAUGCAAAUAGCCAUCCUCUUCGUACUUCUUCUUCUUCCUCUUCUUCUUCGGCAUUGGUCCACCCACUCUCCAAGCUUACCAAGUUGAGCUUAAAGACAAUCGAUGACGAUUUCGAAUCCCUAUCAUAUCAUGAUUCGAGCGGUUGUCUCAUAUCUCUUCAGGAGUUGAGAAUUGGGGACUGUCGUCGAGGGGUAAAGAUUCCUAGUUCGUUGUGUUCCAGUGCAAGCUUGACUUUGAUUCACUUAAGAAAAUGUGAGAUGGUAGAGUACCUGCCAUCCCUACAUGGACUUCCAUCCUUGAAAGAGCUAACUAUUUGGGACUGUCCGAAUCUGAAGGGAUGUUGGUGGAAGAAAAGGAAGGGGAAUAAUGAUAAUUACGGCAAUGGUGGUGAUGAUGAUUAUUACAACUUUGAUCCUUCAAUGGAAGAGGAAAGGGAAGAUGAGGAGUGGCCCCGUUUCCCUUGUCUUUUGGCAUUGGAAAUUGGAGGUUGUCCAAACCUGACUCGGAUCCCUCUGUUUCCAACGGUUGAAAGGUUGAUUCUAAGGAGAACCAGCUCAAAGGCGCUAGUGCGGACACUGAAGAUGCAAGUGGUGGGAGCCGCUCAUCUUGAUUCUCAGCUACAUUCCACUACAACAGCAACUACCUCUCCUUCUUCCCAGAGGACUGCUCUGGAUAGACCGCUAUCUAACUUGAAAAAGUUGUAUCUUUGGGGAAUGCAAGAGUUGAAAUCUCUACCAGAAGGUCUCUGCAACCUCACUUCUCUCCGUGUUUUGGAGAUUGGCUUUUGUCUAAGAUUAGCAACUCUGCCUCCAGCAAUGCGGCACCUCACCUCUUUACACAGAUUGGAAAUUUCUUUGUGUCCUGAGUUGACAAUAAGAUGCGGAAAGGGUGAAGGCCAAGACUGGCCCAACAUUUCCCACAUCCCCAAUAUAAAACUGGACGGCAAUAUACUCCAAGGUUCAGGUUGGGUUCCCUGA